CACUCAUCAGUCGCGGCCAUUUCGAAUUUAAAUCCUCCCUCCAAAUCACCACCCCACAGAGAGCCCCAAAACGCAAAGCUCCAACCAAAUCCAGACGUCACUUCCACCGCUAAUCCAGAGAGAGAAGGCCAGAGACGAGACCUUGAAGCUGACUCCCAUGGCAGCGGCCACUACUACGCCGGCCAAGAGGGAGCCCCUGCGCCCCCUCAGCUGCAACGCGGGCGCCGCCGCCGUCGCCGUCGUGCGGCCACGCGGUGCCGCGACGGCUUCCGCGGAGAAAGAGAACCAGGGCGCCCCCAAUCUCGGGCCGGAUAAGGAAGAGAAGGUGAAGGUGGCGCCACCGCCGCCGCUGAAGCCGUCGUCGCUGCAGGCCCGCAUGGAGGGCGAGGCGCCUUUGGCUGCGGCGGCACCGGCGGCGGUGGUGCCGGUGUUCAUGGGGCCAAGGGGGAGGGAACUGCUGCCUCCUGCGACGCCGGCGGCGGCGGCGGCGGCGUCCUACGAGGCGUGGGACCUCUCCGACAGCGAGGCGGCGCCGGCCGCGUCCUGGGCCACCCUCCCCAACAGGGCGCUGCUGUGCCGGCCCCUGCCGCUGGACGUCGGGAGGUGCACCUGCGUCGUCGUCAGGGAGAAGGCCGCCGGGCCUCGAGGGGUGGCGCUCUACUCGCUCUACACCAAUGAGGGGCAGGGGCGGCAGGACCGCAAGCUGGCGGUGGCCCGGCACCGGAGGAGGAGAGGGAGGUCGGAGUUCAUCGUGGCACAGAACCAGGACGGCGUCUUCUGCAGCUCUGACAAGAACUUCCUGGGGACUGUGGGUGCCAAUCUUGUUGGAUCCAAGUACCAAAUCUGGGGCCAGGGGAACCGAAUCGAUGAGUUGAACAGCCAGUCAAAGCGCCUUCUCGGCGUUGUCGCGUUUGCGCCAACCAUCACUACCUUGACUGGGAGCUUCAGAAGCAUGAGGGCAUGGAUUCCCAAGAGCCAGUCCAUGCAAUUGAGGACCAACAGUUCUGCUCAGAUUCAGCACAUCGGUGGGCUACCAAAGGAUUGGGAGGAGAAGGCGAGUAGAGCUGACAAGCUCUGCUCAAGAUCUCCCUUCUACAACAAUAUGACAAAGCGUUAUGAACUGGACUUCAGAGAGAGGGUAGGGAGGAUGGGAUACAAGGUGCAGACAUCAGUGAAGAACUUCCAGAUGACUUUAGAGGAGAACGGAAGGCAGACUAUCUUGCAGCUUGGUAGGGUUGGCAAGUCCAAGUACAUAAUGGACUUUAGAUACCCAUUGACUGGCUACCAAGCAUUCUGCAUCUGCUUGGCGUCUAUGGACUCUAAACUGUGCUGCACGCUUUGAGAUGUAGAUUUCAGAGAGUUUGUCUCACUUGAAUUUGAAUUAAUGUUGCUUUUGUGAUGCACCCUGCUGUUUCCUUCAGCCGAUUUUGUAUAUGCGGUCUUCUCAUCUCGAGAAGGUCUACUAGUAAUAAUAAAGCAAGUUAUUUACCUGUUUA